UCUUCUGUUUACCUAAAAAAUAAAAAUAAAAAUAAAGAAGGAUAAGCUUAUAAAUUAAGCCACCUCCAUUGGCUUUCUUAAACUUCCUUAUCCAAAUUGAAAGAAGCAAAUUGCAAAUCACCCAGAAGAAAUGCAAGAACCUGUAGUAAUCAUAGUAGGAGCUGGCCCCUCCGGCCUAGCCACUACGGCAUGCCUGAACCAGCAUUCGAUCCCUCAUAUCAUCCUCGAAAGAGAAGAUUGUUUCGCUUCGCUUUGGAAGAAAUUUACAUAUGAUCGUCUACAUCUUCACUUGAAAAAGCAAUUCUGCGAGCUACCUCACUUGCCUUUCCCUGCCUCCUUUCCCACUUAUCCCUCUAAGGAUCAUUUCAUCAAAUACCUUGAUCACUAUGUUUCCCAUUUCAAGAUUUCUCCUAUCUACAAAAGAUGUGUGGAGUCGACCAGCUACGAUGAAGCUACCAAGAAAUGGACGGUUAUUGCCAGGAAUGUGAGUUCCGGUGAAACUGAGGAAUACGCCGCUAGGUUUUUGGUGGUGGCCACUGGAGAAGCUUCCAAUGCUUUCAUACCUGAGGUUGGAGGAUUGAAUACUUUCACAGGUGAUGUUCUGCACUCUACCCAGUUCAGAACUGGCAAGGCUUACAAAGACAAGAACGUUUUGGUUGUUGGGUCUGGUAAUUCUGGCAUGGAGAUUGCUCUAGACCUAGCAAACAACGGUGCCAGAACAUCCAUCGUUGUCCGAAGCCCGGUGCACGUUCUAUCUAGGGAGAUGGUGUACUUGGGGUUGGUUAUGUUGAAGUACUUUUCAUUGGGCAUGGUGGACUCCUCGAUGGUGUUGCUUAGCAAGAUCGUGUAUGGAGACUUGAGAAAUUAUGGGAUGAGUAGGGCCACGGAGGGUCCCUUUUUCAUGAAAGUUGCUUACGGCAAGUAUCCCAUUUUUGACGUGGGUACCUUCAGUAAGAUUAAGUCCGGACAGAUUCAGGUCUUGCCUGCAAUACAAAACAUAAGAGGCAAUGAGGUAGUCUUUGAGAAUGGCAAGUCACAUUCGUUUGAUACGAUAAUUUUUUGUACUGGAUUCAAGAGAUCAACAAACAAAUGGUUGAAGGGAGAUGAUUAUCUUUUGAAUGAGGAUGGAAUUCCGAAGCCACGUUAUCCCAAUCACUGGAAGGGAAAGAAGGGUUUAUAUUGUAUUGGAUUGUCAAGGAGAGGGUUGUAUGGAGCCAGUGCAGAUGCACAAAACACGUCUGACGACAUCAAAUCACUUCUGUGAGAGAGUUUACAUAUGAGCAGAGAAUCGUGAUAUAUCAUGUAAUGGCAUUGCUUUCCAAUAGCCUAUAUAAGAUAGUACAUGUUAAAUUUAAGUUGUAAUUUACAUUUCAGCAACCCAAAAUCCCUUGUGAUCUUAAUGGACUUUGAAAAUCUGCAUGAAAGAAAAAUUCCAGCAUGUCUAAACAAUACGAUGCUUCUAUCACUACAACGUUGCAUGUGUAUGCAUACAAAUAAGUGAAUGGACAAAAUUUUAUGCUAGAUGCACCAACCUUUUCUACCUUCUAAAUACUGCUUCUUCUAUUCUAUAA